AUGGCCACUCAAAAACCGAUCGUGGAUUCUUCUCGCCGUAUUACUUCUGAUCAAACUUUAGACUUUUUACACAAAUUAAAAAUCGAUGCACUUAUUUCUGAAACUCGCAAGCCUAUUGAACCUCUUGUUUAUGCAAGAACCACCGAUAAAGUUUCUUUAAUUCUUAAUCUUUUACGAAUUCAUGACAUUAUUUCCCUUCCAAUUUAUGAUCCAAGCAAGGGAAAAUUUAUUGCCAUUGUUAAUGUUGUCCAUAUUGUAAGAUUCUUAAUGUUGCGUAAAGUUUACUCUUUUCCUGUACUAACUAAUGAAUCGGUCGAUGGAGAAUCUCAAACCAAAGAGUUAGGAGAAAAGAUUAAAAGUGAUUUAAUAGACGUUUACGAUCUCCAGAUCACUGAAGUUAUUAAUUCUAUUGAACCAAAAGCUUUGGCUUCCUUCAAAAUAUACCAUAAAAGUGCUCCUCUUAUUGUUGGUCUUCAAGCAAUGGGAACGAGGGAAAAUGUUUAUUCAAUUUUAGCUUCUAUGGCUAAAGAAAAAGAAAAUAUAGAAGAUAUUCAAAAAGCGAUGAUUCUUACACAAUGGGAUGCAAUUAAUUUUUUGUUGAAUAAUGAAGUUUUCAAACAAAAUAAAACUUUUGAUUUACCGGCUAGUAAGGCAAUGCAAAGAAAUUGGAUUUCUUUUACUAUGAAAGAUGAUCCAAAUCAGCCUUCACACAGAUUACCCGUAACUUCGGCAAAAAUGACGUUCGCGUUCUCGAUUACUCAAGACAUGUCAGCUUUCGCAGGAUUCAAAAUCAUGGCCAUUCAUAGACUUUCAUCAAUCGCAAUUGUUGACAUUAACAAUACACUCGUAGAUAAUCUUUCAGCAUCUGACAUUCGGUAUCUUACAAUUGAUAAUAUUACCGAUGGAUUACUUCCAGUUAGAGAAUUCCUUCAAAAAAUAUAUUCUCAUCCUAAAGAAGUAGCCGCAUGCACUGAAGAUAUAAGACUCGAAGAAGUUAUGCAUUCUGCAGUUUCAAUUGGUGUACAUCGAAUUUGGGUAAAAGAAAAGGAUACAAAUAAACCUAUUGGUGUUGUUUCGAUGAGUGAUAUGUUGGACAUGUUGGUUGGACAUAUGGAGCCACAAGAACUUGGUGAUGUGGAAUGA